GGCCGCGCGCGGCCGGAAGCGGAAGUGGGUCGCGGCGAUCAUGGUGCCGCUGGGGCGGGGAAGGAGCUGCCGCCGGCACCCGAUGAGCCGUUCCGGCCGGAGCUCCCGGUAGCGCGGUGAGAGGCGCGGAGCCAUGGGCGAGAACAGCCCCGAGGGCAACGUCAUCUACUAUGAAGUGGAGGAAGACGACUUAGCCCAAGAUGACAAUAUGAUGAGGUUUGCUGACAAAAACGGGCUGGUGUCCUCCUCGUCCGGGACGGUCUAUGACAGGACAACUGUGCUCAUAGAGCAGGACCACAGUGUGCUGGAAGAUGAGGAGGAUGAAGGACAGUGUGGUGAUCACUUGCCUUUUUUACCAGAGGGUCAUGAAGAAGGAUUUCAUUUAAUAGCAGAUCAUGAAGGAAUGUCACAGGGUUAUGUGCAACAUAUUAUUUCUCCAGAUCAGAUUCAUCUAACAAUAAAUCCUGGUUCAACUCCCAUGCCAAGAAACAUCGAAGGAGCAACGCUCACUUUGCAGUCUGAGUGCCCAGAAACCAAGCGUAAGGAAGUUAAGCGCUACCAGUGCACCUUCGAGGGCUGUCCCCGCACCUACAGCACCGCUGGCAACCUGCGCACGCACCAGAAAACCCACCGUGGGGAGUACACGUUCGUCUGCAACCAGGAGGGCUGUGGCAAGGCCUUCCUCACCUCCUACAGCCUCAAAAUCCAUGUGCGGGUGCAUACCAAGGAGAAACCAUUUGAGUGCGACGUGCAGGGCUGUGAGAAGGCGUUCAAUACACUGUACAGGUUGAAAGCACAUCAAAGGCUUCACACAGGGAAAACAUUUAACUGUGAAUCAGAAGGCUGCAGCAAAUACUUCACAACGCACAGUGACCUGAGGAAGCACAUUCGAACACACACAGGAGAAAAGCCAUUUCGGUGUGAGCAUGAUGGCUGUGGGAAGGCUUUUGCUGCAAGCCACCACCUCAAAACACAUGUUAGAACACAUACUGGGGAGAAACCCUUCUUCUGUCCCAGCAAUGGUUGUGAGAAGACUUUCAGUACCCAGUACAGUCUCAAGAGUCACAUGAAAGGUCAUGAGAAGGGACAUACCUAUAAUGCACUUCCCAAUAACAAUGUGUCUGAGGAUACAAGUCACUCACUUUGUCUUAGUGAUUUAAGCCUCAUAUCAACAGAUUCAGAAUUGCGGGAGAGCUCUAAUCCAACUCAUGGACAGGACCUCAGCACAAUCUCACCAGCAAGCAUCUUUGAGUCUAUGUUUCAGAGCCCAGACCACACUGCAAAUCAGGAUGACUCUCAGCAGACAGCAGCUGCCUUGAUUGAAGGGUUUAAUGGCGACACGGACUCGGUUGCUGCACUCCCGCCCCCAGCAGGAGACGCAACCUCAUUGUCCCUCCCCCUGGUCCUGCAGCUUGGCCUCCCUGAGCCUGCGCAGGCAGCACUGCAAGCCUCAGCAGCACCUGCUGCUCCCUCUUCCAUAGCACCCAGCUCACAGCCAGCUGCGUUUGGGAAUCCUGCAACUGUUUUACAAUCCCCAGAAGUGCCUGUUCCUCGCAGCACACCAUUUGCAGCCAGUCACCAAGACUUCCUGCAGCACACCCAGCCUCCACCGCAGCCCAUUGUACAGGGACUGUCAGUGGUUGCUGGGGCUCCUGCCCCGACAGCCCCGAGUGCCGCUGAUCCCCUGCCAGCUGUAGUUCAGACUGUGCCUGUUGGUGCAAACCCUGUUUUGACCAGUAACCCCACUAUAACCAUUACUCCUUCUCCGAGCACCGCCAUUCUGCAGUCCAGCAUUGUCAUGGGAGAGCAGAACUUACAAUGGAUCUUAAAUGGUGCCACUGGUUCCCCACAAAGCCAAGAACAAAUGCCACAAGUUCCAAAAGUAGUAGAAAAGGUGUUUUUUACCACUGCAUUACCAGUAGCUGGUAGCACAGGAAACCCUGUUCAGCAGAUUGGUCUCAGCGUUCCUGUUAUUAUUAUAAAGCAGGAGGAGGCCUGCCAGUGCCAGUGUGCCUGCCGAGACUCUGCCAAGGACAAAGCCACCACCACCGUUAAGAAGGAAUGUUCUUCACCUGAUUCAAAAGCUUUGGAGCAGCCAGCUCCCCAGCUGCAGCCUCAGACCUUUCCUUCCUCCUCUGCUCCUCCUUCUUGUGGGCAGAGCAGUCAGAUAGUUAACCCUUCAGACUCCCAGACUGAAACAUUAAGUGCCAUGGAUGUAUCGGACUUCCUGUCCCUCCAAAGUCCUGAAACCCCAUCUAAUAUAAUUCCAAUCGAAGCACUACUGCAGGGUGAGGAAGAAAUUGGUUUGAGUAGCAGCUUCUCUAAGUGAAGAUGUUCCAGAUUUUCCUUUGCACCUGGAGGGUAUAAAACCUUCUCCUUAGAAGCAGAAACUGAAGGAUCGAUUCUUAUUCCUUCCUCUUUGGAAAUUUUGUGGCUUAUUUCUGCUUCACAGAUGUCAUCUUAGUCACGUCCCAGGUACAUCCACCUUUGAUAUUCUAUCUAAAAAAGAAAAGGUAAAAAAAAAAAAGAAAUAGCUAAGUUAUAUAUGAACUGUUUUGGCUGCACUGUCUGUCACUUUUGCUUGUCAUAUGUGAACACAGAAAUUAAGGUUACUUGUGUGCAAAAAGAUUUUUAAAAGCAAAAGGGGGGUUACUUUGUCUCCAAUUGCACAUCACUUAUGUUUGGGAUUAAGGUACUGGCAGCAAGUGGGUCUUUGUUACAACUUCUUGGGUCUCUAAUUUUCUCCUGUCUGUCAUGUCUGUACUAACCAUGCACUAAAGGGGAGCCCAGGAAAGGAGGCUGCGGGGGAAGGAAAUGGCAUAGCUGUAGGAGAGGAUUUAUCUGCAGUGUGAUUUGGAUGCGAUUGUCACAUACCUGAUGAGGAGCAUGUGGUGAGCACUGUGCCUGGUUUUGCUGUAUACUAAUGCUCUUAAUAAAGCCUCCAGGAGCUUUGGGGGGGGUUUAUUUCAGCAGGGCACAAGUACCUUGUGCCCCUGAUAGAUCUGUUCAUUUAAUUCCACUAGGACUCAAGUGUGUUGCAGACAUUGUGUCACAACAUGGAAGCACAGUCAGAGCCGCUGCUGGCUCUGGCUCCAGAAUCUGUUUUCUUGGCCUCUCCGAAGGGUACAGUGAGUCCCAGGUGUGGUCAGGUUGGUGCCUGCUGCUCUUUCGAUUUCUUAGGCUCUGUUCAGCAACAAGUCAUCAUCCUAACCCUGGGACUGUUGAAUUGGGAGCAUGGUGCCUUUGCUGGUUACUCUCAUCUUUUGUGAAGAACAACUCUUACGAAAAUUUUCAGAAAGAUUCAACAUAAAUUCAGAAUUUGAAUUUGAAUUCAGUGAGUCUGUCCUUCAGUUGUCCAUACAUGCUUCUUUUUUUUCCUGUGAGCUAUAUAAUUUCUGCCUGACUCUGCCUCCAGCCUACUGCAAUGCCAGCUUUUUGUGCACGGGGCUAUUUCUUGACUAAAAGAUGUUACGCAGCAGAGUAGUUUUUCAUAUCAAACUGAGAGUCUAUAUUCUAACCUACUCAGGGUAAAUCAAAUCCAAACCCCCCCCCUUCCACCAAAAAGCCUGUAAUGUUGCAAUAAAUGCAGUCUCAUUCUAAAUGGUUUAUUUAUGCUGCAUUAUUUUGAAAGAUGUAAUUUUAUAGUUUUUAUCCAUCUUUCUGGCUUUGGCUGUCAGUCUUCUUGUGUUAAAGGAAAGAAUAUUAAAUAGUCUUUAUUCAGUUUACAGUGUUGUCAUUAGUGAGAUACAAAGAUAUUGACUAAAGCCAAUUAGUAGGGAGUGUCCCUGCACUCAGUUUAGAAAUGCAAACUGUAGUGGAUAGAGAUCUUUUCACUUUUUAUGUUUGAUCAGAGCUGUUGUCUGUACCUCCAAGGAGGGGAGAACCCUGUGAGUGCUGCCUGGUGAUCAGCAGGUGUUUAACCCUCCUGUGACAUGCUCAGUGUAGCCUGACCAACACUGAGACUGGCUUCAGCGACCUCUCAUGCUGUUCCCUUGAGAAUGCGCUGCCCAGCCAUGGAUGGAAAGGGACUGAAGGGAACUGGUCUUCCCUUCUUGGACAGCUUGCUUUCAGUCAAGUGCAGAAGGGAAAAACAGUGUCCUGUGAGGGCAGAUGGUUGUGCCAGGAAUGCUCCGUGCCUGGGACACGCCAUACGUCUGUGCCAGGGCAGAGAGCUCGGUGUUGACAGUUGCAGGGAUGAACUUGAGGGCAGCACACAUGCUGGUGUUGUUUCCUCUGGGUGUGUGGCAGGGCUGUGCAGGGCUGUUGUAUAGCAGGGCUGCAAGUCCUGCAGCAACAGGGUUUGGAAUCCACAAAACAGGUUAACAAAGCAUUUCUUGUUUUGUUUUUGUAAUGGCAAUCCUUGGAGGGCAGCAAGGUGGUAGCCCCUUUGCUUUUCUCCUACAGCUUCAUUUUGUGCUGCAGUUGGGUUGCAUGGCAGCAAGAACUGCUUCAAACACAAACAAAAUAGUCCCAAGCCUCCAUGGCUAGGACUGUCCUCACAGAGGAGUCUCCUGCCAGCUAUUCUGCAUAGAGCUCUAUUUGGGAGGGGAUUGAGCACUGCCUGGAGCUGCUUGGAGGUCCCUCUGGUGCCUCUCACUGUGGCCUCGGGCAUUUUCUUUGGCAAAGUGCAGCUGUGGUGUUUGAGUGUGAGUGGGUGUGGAUGUGUGCCUGUGGGAGGCUGCUGAUGCAGGAGUGUGAAGAUUCCCCUGGAGUUGUGGAACCUCUUAUGGGGACAAGGGUCCCAGAUGUGGCCUGCACUGUGACAGCUGGGCAAUUUAGCAACUGCUUUUGAGCCUUCACAGCCUUCAGGGAGGCUUUUUUACCUUUUGCUACUUAUGACUCAGUCAACCUAAAACAUGCUUCUGGUUGGACCAGAGAGCAUCUUCAGAAAUUUUUUUGUGACUGAAAUGAGUAGAAGAAACUACCAAAGUCUCUGAACUGGGAGGCUCAAUGUGGAGCCGUGGUGAUGGGCAGCAGUGUCCAGGGUCGAUCUGCUGUUUCUCUUCACAGCUACUGGGUUUGUUUAAUGUGUUCCAGGAAAAACACUAUGUCCUGUUGAUUCUUUGGUGCACUGGGUUUGCCAUUGCCCCCUUAUAUGUGCAUCAGGCAGGCUGCAAUUCAGGUGGGACUGGUAAGAGCUUGUACUGAGGCAGGAGUGUGUGAUUCUGUGAGCACAUGGGCUGUGCAUCCACUGUGUUUUACAGGUGUGUGCUUUUGUUGUUUAUCAUUCAUCUGCUUUCCCGAGUGUUUGUGUUGCGUGUGUCUGAGAUGUUUUCACAUUUGCGUCAACUCCAGUGCUGUGUGAUCAGACUCUGCUCCAGGGCAGUCUGUGCCAUGCUGGGAUGGGAGGAGAUCAAAGGGUAGCUGCAGCAAAGCUCUGAGAUUCUGCAAGGCCAGGGAUUUUCGUGUCCUUUCCUUGCUGCCCCAGCAUUUAGCAUAUUCACUAUUACAUGGUUUAUUAAAGGGAGAGUUUCUGCCCUUACAGAUCUGGUGAGAUGUUGGAUUCCCAGAAAAGAGUUCAUGUGCUGGAGCCUCUGGGAACAGCAUGCCUGCCUCCACAAAGUCUGCAUGAACCCUUUCAAUUAUCAGAGAGCAAAACUGCGCUGCUCUAGGUCACUUGUUUUGUGCUAGUGGGGGUUUACUUGUAGUUUCUAGAUGAGUGUAGAAGCCUAAACAUGUAGAGGGGGUCAAGUUACUGACUUUGGUAGCUCUGGUCACCAAGUAAAGGACCCAAACGAGCAGACCUGGCAUGCAGCUGAAGGCUGGAGAAAUUGCUUUUUGUGCUUGUAGGUUUGUAGGGGGGGUCAGGGGGAGAGAAUCAGCACUGAUUGAAUGCUGGUACUGAAGUACAUGGAACAAAGUACGAGUUGGACACUUGUGUAAUGCUGAGUGUACCCAGGAAGACAAGUUUGCAGAACCUCAUACUGGUAUCUAAAAUGCACUUUAGGUUAUUUUAUCUUUAACCCAAUUGCUGCAAUUUCUUUUGUAUAUACUUUCACAAAGUUUAUUUUUGCUCUGAGUAAAAGUUAACAGGGGUGUGCAAAGAUGAGCACUUAACUUGGUGCAAUACCUGUAGCUAAAGAUCCUUGUCCCGUGUGGUCCGUGUGUCUGUCUGACAGAACAGGUGUGGUGGGUGUUGUGCUGCCCUUCCCCCAUGCCCCAGACAAAUUAUGCAUUGUUAGCAAACGUCCAAUCUAUGCAAAUAACCCUCUGAGAGCACUGUGCUUCAGCAGCCUUUUCUCUCACACUUUCUGGGGGCUGCUUGUCACCCUGUUGGACAUGCUGUGUCUCUUGAUGUGUGUCCUUCUUCCCCUGUCCUCGUUCUGUCACCCGCGUGGGAACACAAGUGACAAGCUGCUCUCAAACAGGCAUGUUGCACCUUUGAAAAUUGUCUUCAAGAUGGUUUCUGAUGUCCUGUUACUGCCUUAUUUCUUGGGGGUGGCCGUAGCCAUCCACAACAUUGUCCUUGAUCUGCAUCAAUGCUGUGAACUGUUUACAGCACUCCUACUCCAAGAUAAACUGGGUUCAGAGCUGGAGCCAGCCAGGCCCUUGGUGUAGAGCUGCAGGGAGAGCUGAGCUGAGGGUAGCUGUCCUUGGAGAUGAUUGGAGAUGAGCAGCUGUUCCUGGGUUGGUUCCUGAGCUGAGGCAGCCGAGUCAGUGGGGCAGAGGAGAUGAGAUCUGGUGUCACGUUCUCGCUUCCACCGCUGGCUGGGAGACACCGGGCAAGGCACAGAACCUCGCCGUGCCUCAGAUCCUCCCCAUGGAACAAGGACAGGGUGUUGUCUCUGUGAAAUGAUUUGAGAUCUGUGGGUGAAAAGUUCUUGGCAGGAGUUAUGUGAGCUAGCUGGGCAGAACUGUUGGAGUCAGUUUGGAUUGUAAGGCAAAAAAGAAGAGCAUGUCUUUAAUAAACCCCUGAAUUUCUGACUGCAGAGUUUUUAAUUGUAUACUAUUUUUUCCGUAACAUAUUUUGGAAGCAAUGUCAAAUUUUUAUAAAUGUUAUCUGUAGUCAAUUCUCAUGGACAGGGCUGAACUUUUAACUUUUUUGUGUCUUAUCUUGAUAUCUAUCACAUGUUCUAGAAGGUGGAUUCUGUGUCUGCACUGAGAAAUGCAAAUUAAACUGGAUAUUUAUGUAGUAGUGUACAUAGUCUGAGUGUGUGUGUUUUUGGAACUAGGUGAAACCCCACACCAUGCUGCAGUGGUGUGCAAGCUGGCCAAAAUUUGGUUCAUUAUGGAGUGUACACUUCCUCAAAUAAAUGCAGUUUCUACUUUUUCUUAAAGAUUUUUUUCACAUGACUUUUUCCAGCAGACUUGAGGGUGUGCUUGCAGUGCUGUAGUUGCAGUCGCUGGUGUUCCUGGUUUGUGACUCUGUUGUCCUCCUGCUGCUCGGGCUGACCCUGCUCUGUUCUGCCUCACCCAGCCGAGCGCUGGCAAACCCCAGCCUGGCUCCACACCGGGGGCAGCUCCAGCGGAGCUGUCGGGACUGGGGGGGCUGCACUGCCUGGGGCUUUGGAGACGGCUGAACUAAACCCCAGUUUCUCAAGAAUGUGUGUAUGGUAAUAAAGGAAUUUAUUUAACUCUGAAACAUGGGAACAAAUGUGCUUACAUUGAGCAAUGUGAAGAUGUUAGUUACAGGUACAGUACUUCCAAAGGAAGAGCAUCUCCAAAACCCAAAAGAGUAAAUAUGCAUUUGUAUUUUUUGAAGAAUGUGAAAUAAUGGUGUUUGCUUAAUUGCUCAUUUUGUAUGAAGUUAAUAUUGUACUUUGAAAUAUCUGCAAAGAAGUGGAAAUUAACCUUUUUGGAAUUGAAAGCAAUAUUAAUACUAAUGGAAUCCUAAUUAAAUGCUUAUUUAAACAUUGUGUUAUAA